AUGCGACAGCAAACCAAGGUUAUCGCCGCGUCCGUCAGAGAGGAUCCGGCUCAUCGAUGCUCCAAACGACCCGGGCAUCCUCCGGCCCCCAAAGCCGUCGAUCCCGGGAGCGACAUAUGGCUUUCGGACGCCCACCUUCGGAUGGUCCAUCGACGAGCUAGGCACAACCCAGAGGUUCUUUGUCAAUCUCCUACAAACCAGCGCUGA